GGGACCGGGGGCUGGGUUAGGGCCGGGUGGCGGAGGGCAGAGAUGGAGGAGCCCGACGCUGCACGGCUGCCCUCUCGCCUGGCCAGGCUGCUGUCCGCGCUCUUCUACGGAACAUGCUCCUUUCUCAUCGUGUUGGUCAACAAGGCGCUGCUGACCACAUAUGGUUUUCCCUCACCAAUUGUUCUUGGAAUUGGACAGAUGGCCACCACCAUAAUGAUACUGUAUGUGUCCAAGCUAAAUAAAAUAAUCCACUUCCCUGAUUUUGACAAGAAAAUUCCUGGAAAGCUGUUCCCUCUGCCUCUUCUCUACGUUGGAAACCACAUAAGUGGUUUAUCAAGCACAAGUAAAUUAAGCUUGCCGAUGUUUACUGUGCUCAGGAAAUUUACGAUCCCACUUACUUUACUCCUGGAGGCCAUCAUACUUGGGAAACAGUAUUCAUUGAACAUCAUCCUCAGCGUCUUGGCCAUCGUUCUUGGGGCUUUCAUAGCAGCUGGCUCUGACCUCACAUUCAACUUGGAAGGCUACGUUUUUGUAUUCUUAAACGAUAUCUUCACAGCAGCAAAUGGAGUUUAUACCAAACAGAAAAUGGACCCGAAGGAACUGGGGAAAUACGGAGUGCUUUUCUACAAUGCCUGCUUCAUGCUCAUCCCAACUGUCAUUAUUAGUGUCUCUACUGGAGACUUUCAGCAGGCCACUGAAUUCAGCCACUGGAAGAAUGUCUUAUUUAUCAUACAGUUUCUUCUAUCCUGUCUUUUGGGGUUUCUGCUGAUGUACUCCACAGCUCUUUGCAGUUAUUACAACUCAGCUCUGACCACGGCGGUGGUUGGAGCGAUCAAGAAUGUAUCGGUUGCCUACAUUGGGAUGUUGGUUGGUGGAGACUACAUUUUCUCCCUCUUAAACUUUAUAGGGUUAAAUAUUUGCAUGGCGGGUGGUUUAAGAUACUCCUUUUUAACACUAAGCAGCCAGUUGAAACCUGAACAACCUGUGGAUGAAGAAAGCAUCCCUCUGGAUCUGAAGAGCUAGGCUGAAGACAGUUGCAGGCCUAGUCUGGAAAGAGCAGACCCAGCAGGAGUGGGCAGCCCAGAGGUCCCACACAUGGGGCAGUCACCUGUUUUGUCAGAGCACAUAAAGGAAUGUCUUCGAAAUACAAAGAAAGCUACCUCACACGUCACUGCAUAAUGAGCCAUGAGGAACCCACAACUCGCAGUACAGAACCUUCCCAACUAAGUGAAUUUGCUCAAACUCAGCCAUGGGGCCCUCACUAUGUUCUGAGGAAGAUGUUUCAAGGGUGACUUUGCUUAUCAGCACAGUGACCUUAAUUCUAAAGGUCUCCGCCAAGGAAAAGGAGAGAAAACUUUUUGUUGUUGAAACAUGUCAGAGUCGUUCAGUUUUGAUUUAUGCUACGUUGGUGUGUUUUUUUCCAAGUCAUCACAGUGAAAUAAAGUCAUUUCUAU